UAUAGGGACAGGGCCGGGGCCGGCGCGGCCCCUCCCCUCCUCCUGCGCGGCGGGGCCGGCCCGGCGAACUGGGGGAACCCGUUUGUCCGGUCUGACGGCGGUUCCCGCGGGGAGGCCCGGCGGGAGCGGGGCCGUCGGAGGCAUGAGAGAGCCCUGAGAGAGCGAGCGAGCGGCGCCGGGACCCGCGCCCACAGAGAUGCGCGUCAGUUGAUCAUCAGCCUGACCGCAGAGUCUCCCCGGUCUGAAACUUUGGGUUAAAGGAAGAACAAGUGUUUGCUGGGAGAUGGAGCCUAACUUAAAGUCCAAAACAGGGGAUUCUUCCUGAGCAGCUGGUGGUCUCUGUGUGCUGACGGUACGAGCGUUUCAAGCUACAUCUGUAAUGCAGUCUCUUGGUUCAGUCACAAACUGCGUUGGAUAAAGGGCGCUAGCAGCAUGAUCUCAGAAAGGGAUUCAGAGACCACCUUCGAUGAGGAUUCCCAGCCUAAUGAUGAAGUGAUGCCAUAUAGUGACGAUGAAACGGAGGAUGAGUUGGACAGUCGGCAGCCUGCAGUCGAACCAGGACAAAACCAAAUCAACAGAGAUGCUGAGGAGAGCCAAGAACCAUUGAAAAAAGAUUGCAGCUGGCAAGUUAAAGCAAAUGAUCAACGCUUCUAUGAACAGCCCCAGUUUAAGAGAACAGUAUUUCUGUGCUUCAAAAAAAGCAAAUAUGCAGCAAAUGCAAUUAAGACGUACAAGUACAAUCCUAUUACUUUUUUACCACUCAAUCUGUUUGAACAGUUUAAAAGAGCAGCCAACUUCUAUUUCCUCGUUCUUCUCAUUUUGCAGUCAAUUCCCCAAAUAACUACACUGUCAUGGUAUACAACACUGGUGCCCUUACUCUUGGUGCUGGGAAUAACUGCAGUCAAAGACCUAGUGGAUGACAUUGCUCGUCACAGGAUGGACAACGAGGUUAAUAAUAGGACAUGUGAAGUCAUCAGGGAUGGAAGGUUCAAAAACACAAAAUGGAAAGAUAUUAAAGUUGGUGAUAUCAUUCGUCUGAAGAAAAAUACUUUCGUUCCUGCUGAUAUUUUGCUGCUAUCCAGCUCAGAACCAAAUAGUCUCUGCUACGUAGAGACAGCUGAACUGGAUGGUGAGACUAACUUAAAAUUCAAAAUGGCACUUGAGGUAACACACAGAUAUCUUCAAGAAGAAAGUGCAAUGGCAGACUUUAAUGGACUGAUUGAAUGUGAAGAACCUAAUAACCGACUGGAUAAGUUUGCAGGAACAUUAUUCUGGAGAAACAUGAGUUAUUCACUGGAUGCUGAUAAGAUUUUAUUACGUGGAUGUAAAAUCAGGAAUACAGACUUCUGCCAUGGAGUGGUCAUAUUUGCAGGUGCUGAUACAAAAAUAAUGAAAAAUAGUGGAAAGACAAGAUUUAAAAGGACAAAAAUUGACUCCCUUAUGAAUUACAUGGUUUAUACUAUUUUUGUCGUCCUCAUCCUGCUGUCGGCUGGCCUUGCCAUUGGACACACUUACUGGGAGCAGCAGAUUGGUAACUUGUCUUGGUACCUCUAUGAUGCACAAGACUUCAGUCCUCCAUAUCGCGGCUUCCUUAACUUUUGGGGAUAUAUCAUUGUUCUGAACACCAUGGUUCCCAUUUCCCUUUAUGUGAGUGUUGAAGUGAUUCGUUUGGGCCAAAGCUAUUUUAUAAACUGGGACCUGCAAAUGUAUUACCCUGAGAAGGACACGGCUGCGAAGGCCAGAACCACCACGCUGAAUGAGCAGCUGGGGCAGAUCCACUACAUCUUCUCUGACAAGACAGGAACACUUACACAGAACAUCAUGACGUUUAAAAAAUGUUGCAUAAACGGCCAAAGAUAUGGAGACUGCCGGGAUGGAGCAGGGCAGCUUCAGAGUCACCCAGAGCAAGUGGAUUUCAGCUGGAACAUGUACGCAGAUGGAAAGUUCUCAUUCUAUGAUCACUAUCUGAUAGAGCAAAUAAAAUCUGGAAAGGAGCCAGAAAUACAAAAGUUCUUUUUUCUGCUUGCCAUUUGUCACACAGUCAUGGUUGACACUUCUGAUGGUCAGCUCAAUUACCAAGCAGCUUCCCCAGAUGAAGGGGCCCUUGUUACGGCAGCCAGAAACUUUGGCUAUGUUUUCCUUUCACGAACACAAAAUACUAUCACUAUAAGUGAAAUGGGGAUUGAAAGAACUUACGAUGUCCUUGCUAUCUUGGAUUUCAACAGUGAUAGAAAACGGAUGUCUGUUAUUGUAAGAGAAUCGGGUGGAAAUAUCAGGCUAUAUUGUAAAGGAGCUGAUACAGUAAUUUAUGAACGGUUGCACCCAAGGAAUCUAAAGAGAGAAGUUACAGAAGAAGCACUAGACAUUUUUGCAAAUGAAACUCUUAGGACACUCUGCCUGUGCUAUAGAGACAUUAGUCAUGAUGAAUUUGAAGCAUGGAAUAAAAAGUUUGUGGAGGCCAGUGUAGCUACAACUAAUCGUGAUGAAGCUCUGGACAAAGUGUAUGAGGACGUAGAAAAAAACUUGAUUCUGCUUGGUGCAACAGCUAUUGAAGACAAACUGCAGGAUGGAGUUCCAGAAACUAUUUCCAGGCUUUCAAAAGCAGACAUUAAAAUCUGGGUGCUUACUGGUGACAAAAAAGAAACUGCUGAAAAUAUUGGAUUUUCUUGUGAACUCUUAACAGAUGAAACAACAAUCUGCUAUGGAGAAGAUACCAGCGCUCUUCUUCAAACUAGGCUGGAAAACCAGAGGAACAGAGCUGGAUCAAGUACACAUUCCUCUCUAAGAAUGAACGAGCCCUUCUUUCAGGGUAGUAAAGAUCGUGCUUUAAUAAUCACUGGCUCCUGGUUGAAUGAAAUCUUGCUAGAGAAGAAAAAGAAGAAAAAGAAGCUUAAACUGAAAUUCCCUAAAACAGCAGAAGAGAAGAAAAAGCAAACUGAGAGGAGAAGAAGGGCUGAAGCUUACAAAGAACAGCAGCAGAAGAACUUUGUGGAUUUGGCCUGCGAAUGCAGGGCUGUGAUCUGCUGUCGAGUGACUCCGAAACAGAAAGCCAUGGUGGUCGAGCUUGUGAAGAAAUACAAGAAAGCUAUUACUCUGGCUAUUGGGGAUGGUGCCAAUGAUGUAAACAUGAUUAAAACUGCCCACAUUGGAGUUGGAAUCAGUGGCCAAGAAGGGAUGCAAGCCGUCAUGUCAAGUGACUACUCUUUUGGGCAAUUCCGCUACCUCCAAAGACUGCUGCUGGUCCACGGACGAUGGUCUUACAUUAGGAUGUGCAAGUUUUUAAGAUAUUUUUUCUACAAAAACUUUGCUUUUACACUAGUCCACAUCUGGUAUUCAUUCUUUAAUGGCUUUUCUGCCCAGACAGCAUAUGAAGACUGGUUCAUCACGCUGUACAACGUAUUGUAUUCUAGUCUCCCGGUUCUGCUAGUUGGCUUGCUUGACCAGGAUGUGAGCGACAAAUUGAGUCUUCGGUUCCCUAGACUGUACAUUUUGGGACAGAAAGAUUUACUUUUUAACUACAAGAAAUUCUUUUUAAGUUUGCUUCAUGGAGCUAUAACUUCAUUGAUAAUCUUCUUCAUACCAUAUGGAGCUUACCUUAAAACUAUGGGACAAGAUGGGGAAGCACCUUCAGAUUAUCAGUCAUUUGCUGUCACAGCAGCAUCUUCUCUUAUAUUUGUUGUCAAUUUUCAGAUUGGCUUGGAUACAUCUUACUGGACUUUUGUUAAUGCUUUUUCAGUAUUUGGGAGUAUUGCACUUUACUUUGGUAUCACAUUUGACUUCCACAGUGCUGGAAUCCAUGUCCUCUUUCCUUCUGCCUUUCAGUUCACAGGAACUGCUCCAAAUGCUCUAAGACAGCCGUACCUCUGGCUGACCAUGAUUUUAUCAAUUGCUAUUUGCUUACUUCCUGUAGUGGCACAGCGUUUCUUAUCAAUGACAAUUUGGCCUUUGGAAAGUGAUAGAAUUCAGAAGAACCGUAAGAAAUACAUGGCAGAAGAACAACAGUGGAAGCGAAGGCAGAGUGCUUUUCGCCGAGGGAUAUCUGGCCGUCGUUCUGCUUAUGCUUUCUCCCAUCAGCGGGGAUAUGCUGAUCUUAUUGCUUCUGGGCGCAGCAUACGGAAAAAACGGGCUCCUUUAGAUGCAGUCCUAGGCAACGGUGUGACAGAAGUCAGAGAUGCUUGUGAAACAAGCUGAUUUACUGCAUUUUGGGGAGAAGCUUCUUAUCCCAAGGAUUGCACAAAAAAAUAUUUUUUUUAAACAAACUCAGGAUAUUUUUUUUAACCAAAUGGCAUAAGGAUAUGAAGAUUUUUAUGUUUUAUCACGGAACUCCCUGGUUUUGGACUAGUGGAAACAUAGAAAGGCCAAGAGUUCUCUACGGAGCUACUAAUCCUUGUACAACUGAUAUCUGUUUAAUGUGAAAGUGAAGGAUAUGUGUGCUAGGGUAUCAACACCCAGCAUUGUAAUUUUUUAUUUUUUUUUUUUUUUUUAGUGAUGCCUGGAAUUGCAAACUUUUUUCACAUUUUAAUAAUACAUUGGUAUAAAACUGCAGCUACAUUUCAUAUUUUGUCUUUGAAAGCAAACUGCUAAGUAGCAGUUACCCUGUGUGCACCAUUUCAUUAAAUUGCACAGUCAUAAUGGCAAAUCAGAUGAUCAGUCUUUUGAGAGGGCCUUAGGUAUUCUCAGCUGAGCUUGUACAGCUGAGAUCAAGAUAUAUCUGGUGAUGAACUUCAGUCCUUAUUAGGAAAUCUGACACUUAUAGGUGUGGUUUCUGUUCCUUUCUCUUUCUUCAACGUUGACUACAGCUUGCUGCACCAAACAGAGAUAGAUAGUUCUUUGCAUCUUGUUAGUACGAGUGAUAUGGCAGUAUUCCCUUCAUAGCCAAUUCCUUGAUUUCCCCUGGAAUAAAGAGAUCUGAGUCAAUAAUUAAGAGAGGGGGUUUCUUCCUCACUUGCUUUUUGUUUCUCUGCCUGUCUCUCUUUCCAACUCUAGAAUAUCUUUGUAUCUAUUUAUACAGUGUAUUUAUGAACAGAUAUAUCUAAUCUCUGGAAAGCUGCCCUCUGAGCUGGCGAAAGUUUGUUCAUUUCAGUUUUAGAUACAGCAGUUGAUAAUGGAUAACUAGAAAACAGUUGCUUUUAGAUGGAACAUAUUUCACUUGCUAGUGAGUCAAUUCUUAAGAGCGUAAAAAGUGUUUUUAUGAGAGUCUCUCUACAUUUGCAGAUACUUUCACUCUUCAAGUUGAGAUGUAUGAAUGUUUCACUUCUAUCUACUGAGUCGCAGACUAAUGUUGAUUACUGAAGUGGUUUUAUAGUAAAAAUUAUGAUACGCAGCUCUUGUAUAGUGGAAUGUACAUUUCAAAAAAUUUAAUGCAAAUAAAUAUCCUAAAGUUUACAGCUUCUCAUCUAGUUUAAGUAUAUAGGUAAGAAUAGAAGUG